GGGGGAUUAGACACCGUGGGAGAGUCAAACCCAUGGAUGGGACACGUGUGGGGCGGGAUGCCAUGAACAACUGCACUGACCAGGAGUACUGGGACACCCUUGUUUCCCAGUGCAUCCCCUGCAGCCUCGUGUGUGGCCGGCCCACAGCCAGGAGGUGUGAUGCCGUGUGCGAGUCCAUGGACUGCAACAAGACCCCUGGAUUCUACUACGAUGACCUCGUGAGAAGCUGCAUCGAGUGCAGCACCAUCUGUGGGCAGCACCCCAAGGAAUGUGCCCCAUCCUGUGAACCCUCGCCCCCGUCGCCCGCGGCCGUGCUGGAGCAGAAGGCGUGUGCGGAGCAGGAGCCCUGGCUCGUGGUGUAUCUGCUGCUGGGGCUCUGCCUCUGCGCCCUCAUCUGCUCCCUGCUCCUGGGCUGGACACACCUACGCAGGAAGGGAGAGGUGGGCUCCUGCCAAGCCGGCGCUGGGACCUGCCACUGCAGGGAGGACUCUGGCAAAGAUCGGCUGGUGGAAGCGGGCAGCGUCGGUGAGGGAUUCACUGGCAGCAGAGCCCCAGAGCCAGUGGAAACCUGUGGCUUCUGCUUCCCUGGACAGGGCUCUGCUGUACAAGAGACCAAAUCAUGCCACAGCACCUUGUGUCACGCUGGGGAAAGAGCUGCUCCCUCCUACACCGGGAUCUGCAGCACGGGAAGCGCUGGGGCCACUCCCAGUCCUGAUGACGGCCACUUCAAGUUUUUUUGUUCUCCUUCCCAAGAGAAGACACCCAUGGUGUGA